AUGGCGAUAGACCGGCGGCGCGAGGCGGCGGGCGGCGUCCCUGGGCGGCUGCCGCCCGCGGCCGAGGAAAACGGCUCCCUGCCGCCCGGGGACGCGGCGGCCUCGGCGCCCCUCGGGGGACGCGCGGGCCCGGGCGGCGGCGGUGACAUCCAGCCGCUGCCCGCCCCGCACUCCGCCGGCGGCCCGCACCCGAGCCUCCUGUUGCUGGACUACGACGGGUCGGUGCUGCCCUUCCUCGGGGGCCUGGGCGGCGGCUACCAGAAGACCCUUGUGCUGCUCACCUGGAUCCCGGCGCUCUUUAUCGGCUUCAGCCAGUUCUCGGACUCCUUCCUCUUGGACCAGCCCAACUUCUGGUGCCGCGGGGACGGCAAGGGCGCCGAGCCGGCGGGGGUCACGGCCACGGCCCGGGGGGGCGGCGGCGACCUGGCUAACUGGACCAGCCCCCCGACCAUCCCCUUCUCCACCGCCUCCUGGGGGACGGCGGGCCCCCUCGGCAACGGCAACGGCAACGGCAGCGGCGCGGAAGGGGGCGACGCGCCGCCCCUGCCGUCUCCUCGGGACAAGGGGGACAACGCCUCCAACUGCGACUGCCACGCGUGGGACUACGGCCUCCGCACAGGCCUGGUACAAAACGUGGUCAGCAAGUGGGAUCUUGUGUGUGAUAAUGCCUGGAAGGUCCAUGUCGCUAAGUUCUCCUUACUGGUUGGAUUAAUCUCUGGCUACCUGGUAACCGGAUGCAUUGCUGACUGGUCCGGCCGGCGGCCCGUGCUGCUCUUCUGCGUCAUCUUCAUCCUCAUCUUUGGACUGACGGUGGCGCUGUCUGUGAACGUGACCAUGCUCAGCACACUCAGGUUCUUUGAAGGAUUCUGCCUGGCUGGAGUGAUCCUCACCCUGUACGCGCUACGCAUAGAGCUCUGCCCCCCGGGAAAACGGUUCCUGAUCACAAUGGUGGCGAGCUUCGUGACCACGGCGGGGCAGCUCCUCAUGCCCGGGCUGGCCGCCCUGUGCCGCGACUGGCAGGUGCUGCAGGCCCUCAUCAUCUGCCCCUUCCUGUUCAUGCUGCUCUACUGGUCGAUCUUCCCAGAGUCCCUGCGGUGGCUCCUGGCCACCCACCAGUUUGCGUCGGCAAAGAAGCUGAUCCUGCGCUUCACACAGAAGAACCGCAUGAACCCCGAGAGUGACAUCAAAGGCGUGAUGCCUGAGCUGGAGAAGGAGCUUUCCCGGAGGCCCAAGAAGGUCUGCAUCGUGAAGGUGGUGGGAACCCGGAACCUGUGGAAGAACAUCGUGGUGCUGUGCGUGAACUCGCUGACCGGCUUCGGGAUCCACCACUGCUUCGCGCGCAGCAUGAUGGGCCACGAGGUGAAGGUGCCACUGCUCGAGAACUUCUACGCCGACUACUACACGGCGGCCGGCAUCGCCCUGGCGUCCUGCCUGGCCAUGUGCCCGGUGGUGCGGCUCCUGGGGCGCCGGGGAGGCCUGCUGCUCUUCAUGAUCCUCACGGCCCUGGCCUCGCUCCUGCAGCUCGGGCUGCUCAACCUGAUCGGAAAAUACAGCCAGCAUCCAGACUCAGGAAUGAGCGACAGUGUCAAAGACAAGUUCUCCAUCGCCUUCUCCAUCGUGGGCAUGUUCGCGUCCCAUGCAGUGGGGAGCCUCAGCGUGUUCUUCUGUGCAGAGAUCACUCCCACAGUAAUAAGGUGCGGCGGCCUGGGGCUGGUGCUGGCCAGUGCGGGCUUCGGCAUGCUGACGGCGCCCAUCAUCGAGCUGCACAACCAGAAGGGCUACUUCCUGCACCACAUCAUCUUCGCCUGCUGCACGCUCAUCUGCAUCAUCUGCCUCCUGCUGCUUCCCGAGAGCCGGGACCAGAACCUGCCUGAGAGCAUCCCCGACGGCGAGCACUACACGCGCCAGCCCCUGCUGCCACCCAGGCGUGGGGAGCAGCCCCUCCUGCUCACCAACGCCGAGCUCAAGGACUACUCGGGGCUGCACGACGCGGCCACCGCCGGCGACGGGCUGCCGGACCGUGCCACAGCCAACGGCGGGCGGCCCAUGUAG